UUUUUUUUUUUAAUAUUUUUUUUUUGCUUAUCUGGAUUUUCAAGAUCCUGGUAAUCUUCUAGAAAUGAAACUUUCCAUCUUUAUUACAUAGAAAGAAGAAGAAGCUUCUGGGUUUUUUGUUUUGGUUUUUUAGGUUUUUUUUUUAAUAAAGAACAAGUUUUUAUUUGGGGUUUCUUUAUCUAAUCCAUUUCCAUUUGAAUCGCUUGAUCAAGAAGUGUUAUCGCAGCUUUCUUUUUUUCUUACCCUUUUAGGGUUUCCCUUUACCCCUUUUCAUUUUCAAUUAUUUGGGGUCGAAAAAUGUUCUUUUUUUUGUUUUAGAUGAAGUAUUAGAUUCUGUUGGUAUUCAAGUUUACUUGUUUUGGCUAUCCUGGUUAGUGGAGUUAUUAGUUUAGCAGAAAGGUUGGUAGAUAGAUAUUGGAUUUGAAAAAAAGGUGAAAUUUUUUAGUUUUUUUAGUGGGUUAAACCAAGUAGUGGUGUAUGGGAGAACAUGAGGGAUGGGCAGAGCCAAGUGGGCUAUUGCCGAACGGGCUAUUGCCCAAUGCAGAACCAAUGAUCCGAGUCCUUGACUCGGAAAGAUGGUCGAGAGCUGAGGAAAGGACUGAUGAGUUAAUUGUCUGUAUUCAGCCUAAUCGGCCAUCUGAGGAGAGGAGAAAUGCUGUUGCUGAUUACGUCCAGCGGCUCAUUAUGAAAUGCUUCCCUUGUCAGGUUUUCACUUUUGGUUCAGUACCCUUGAAGACUUACCUUCCUGAUGGUGACAUUGAUUUAACUGCCUUCAGUAAUAAUCAAACUUUGAAAGAUACAUGGGCUUAUCAGGUUAGGGAUAUGUUAGAGGAGGAGGAGAAAAAUGAAAAUGCUGAAUUUCGUGUCAAGGAGGUUCAAUACAUUCAAGCUGAAGUGAAGUUAAUAAAAUGUUUAGUUGAAAAUAUAGUGGUUGACAUAUCUUUCAAUCAGCUAGGGGGUUUGUGUACCCUUUGCUUCCUUGAGGAGGUCGAUCAUCUGAUAAACCAGAAUCAUUUAUUUAAGCGCAGCAUUAUUUUGAUUAAGGCAUGGUGUUAUUACGAGAGCCGUUUACUGGGUGCUCAUCACGGUCUUAUUUCAACUUAUGCUUUGGAGACCUUAGUUCUUUACAUAUUUCACAUGUUCAACAAUUCGUUUGCUGGGCCGCUUGAGGUUCUGUAUCGCUUCUUGGAGUUCUUCAGCAACUUUGACUGGGACAACUUUUGUGUUAGCUUGUGGGGACCUGUGCCAAUUAGUUCGCUUCCUGAUGUCACUGCGGAACCUCCUCGAAAGGAUAGUGGCGAAUUACUCCUCAGCAAAUUGUUUCUUGACGCCUGUAGCUCUGUAUAUGCUGUUUUCCCUGCUGGCCAGGAAAACCAAGGACAACCAUUUAUGUCUAAGCAUUUUAAUGUGAUUGAUCCUUUACGAGUAAACAACAACCUUGGCCGCAGUGUGAGUAAAGGUAACUUCUAUAGGAUACGGAGUGCAUUUGGAUUUGGUGCCAAACGACUGGCAAGAUUACUGGACUGCCCCGAAGAAAAUGUCAUUCAUGAAGUAAAUCAGUUCUUUAUGAAUACAUGGGACAGGCAUGGCAGUGGUCAAAGGCCGGAUGCACCUGGGGAUGAGUUGUGCCCGAGAUUGGCAUCACUCGAUGACCUACCUGACUCCGAGUACUUGAGGGUCAACUCUGGUGAGAAAAAGGUGAAUGAAAAAUCUUCUGGUCAUGAUGUUGAGGUGGAAGGAACUGGAUCACGGAUUGUUUCCUCUCAACAUGGUAAUCAUUUAGCUGGAAGCUUCUCUAGAAUGAAUGAUUCAGCUCAAUCAUCUUAUACUGAGAGCCAAAAGAGUUAUGAAAAUUUGAGCACCUCAAGGGGAUCUGAUCAAAUGAAAAAGGAGGUCACUUCCUCUCAGGUUGUACGCUCUGAGAAAAGUCAGAGAAAUUUGAGAUCUGAUCAAACAGUGAAUGACACACAGGGUAAGUUUGUUUUUUCUAGAACACGGUCUAGUCCUGAACUGACUGACACAUAUGGUGAAGUUACUUCUCAAGGAAAGCAUGGCAAUACUCCAGAGACUGCAAAAAUGCAACCGACUCCAUUGAGGCAGGAUGGCAGGAACUGGAGGAAGAAUCAAGGAUCUGAAAAUUUAGCAAGUCAGAGUGGUCGAUCUCUAAACAAUGAUGCAUCAUCUAUCAGACAUUUUCCAUCUCAUCAAAGUCUUGAUGCCGUCGCUGACUCCAACAGUAGAUCAAAUAGCUUUAACCAAGAUGCAGGUUUAGAUGCUCCGAAUGAAGAGUUUUCAUUCACUGGUGGUACACAGGGGAUGCAUCAGGAUGAGCAAGAUCUUGUGAACCUGAUGGCAUCGACUUCACUCCAUAGUUUUAAUGGACAAGUUCAUUUGCCAUUUAAUUGGGCUUCAGCCCAACUGCCUUUCCCUAUCUCACCUUCCGUUCUGGCUUCAAUGGGAUAUAAUCAACGAAAUUUUCCGGGAUUAGUUUCAGCUAAUUUUCCUGUUGAUCCUGCAUUUUCCAAUAUGCAAUUUCCUCAUGGUAUGAUUUCGCCCCACUUAAAUCAUUACAUCCCAGGUCUCGGGUUGAGUCCAUCUUCUGAAGAUACAAUUGACCGGAAUAGUGAAAACUUUAGUUCUAUGGAUAUGAACUCAGGUGAGGUGAUCAAAGACAUCUGGCAUGAGCCAGAUGCAGGCUCCACCGUUGAAUUUGACGCAGAAAAUGGAAAUUAUGAAGCACCUCAAUGUGAUGAUAAGCCACAUGCAGUCCAGUCAGGUUUUGAUUUUGUUCCUUCCUCUUGGGUGAGUAGGUCUAGUACUAGAGCUCAGCAGAAGCAUACAAAGGAAAAACGUGGGCCAACCAAGGAAGAACAUUCUGAUGAUAUUCACUUUCAGGAUAACAGAAUGAGGGAUGUUUAUGCUGAAGAAAGAUUGGCAAGUUCAAGGUUCUCAACCACUGCUCACAGUAGUUCUGUGAGAAGCAAAACCUCUUCUGAGAGUUCUUGGGAUGGUUCUUCUAAAAGUACAAAGUCAACAAGGGGAAGACAGGGAAAUAAAACAGGUGCUGCAGAGCCAACUACUGGUUAUGGAAAAGGUAAGAUGAUGUCUGACCAUAUCUCUAACCAUGCUGAGGAGGAUGAUCAGGAUUGGAACUCAGUGUCAACCCUGGGUACUGAAAUGGCUGAGGGAAGCCAAGUACCUCAAUCUAUUAUUUCCAUGCACAUUGCAAGGCAUCAUCUGCCUGAAUACGAAGGUGCUCAGACAAGUGGAUCCGACUCAAUAAUGCCCAUUGCACCAAUGCUCAUAGGGCCUGGUUCUCGGCAAAGAAUGACUGAUAAUUCUGGGUUUUUUGCAUUUUAUCCCACCGGACCACCAGUUCCCUUUCUUACAAUGCUCCCAGUAUAUCCUGAUGCAUCAACCAGCCACUUUGGAAGAGAAGAAUGCUUUGAUAAUCGUGAUUUAGGCCACAACCUUGAUCUGUCUGAGGGUCUUGAUCACACUGAAAAUGUGAAUACUUCCCAUGCUAUUAGAGGAGCUACUUCCAUAGAAGCAUCUGGUGGACACAAGUCUGAUAUACUUAACAGUGACUUUGCUAGUCAUUGGCAAAAUUUACAAUAUGGACGGUUUUGCCAAAAUCCAAGGCAACCUGGGCCUCUUGUUUAUCCUUCUCCUGUUAUGGUACCACCUGCAUACUUACAGGGUCGUUUCCCAUGGGAUGGUCCUGGAAGACCGUCGUCAGCCAACAUGAACCUUUUUACUCAGCUGAUGAACUAUGGUCCUCGUGUAUUACCCAUUUCACCGCUACAGUCUGUUUCAAAUAGACCUCCCAAUAUGUUUCAACAUUAUGUGGAUGACAUACCGAGAUAUCGUAGCGGGACAGGAACAUAUUUGCCAAAUCCAAAGGCUUCAGUCAGGGAUCGACAUGCUCCUGGUACAAGAAGGGGGAGUUACAACCAUGACAGAAACGAUAAUUAUGGUGACAGAGAGGGGAACUGGAAUGCUAAUUCAAAAUCCCGUACUGGUGGUCGCAACUACAACCGCAGCCAAUCUGAGAAAGUAAACUCAAGAUUGGAUCGUCCAGUGUCCAGUGAGAGCCGAACUGACAGGUCAUGGAGCUCCUCUCAUAGACACGACUCCUUCCCUUCAUAUCAGUCCCAAAAUGGUCCAUUGCAUGCAAACUCAAGCCCAAGUGUCCCUCCCAAUAUGGUGUAUGGCAUGUAUCCUUUAUCAUCAAUGAACCCUAGUGCAGCGUCUUCAAAUGGACCUGGUGGCCCUCCAGUUGUAAUGUUCUAUCCAUACGACCAUAAUUCUACUUAUAAUAAUUCACAUGGAGAACAGCUUGAGUUUGGGUCUAUGGGUCCAGUAGGCUUCUCAGGUACAAAUGAACAAGCCCAGCCAGGUGAUGGAAGUCGACCAAAGGGAGCAAUUGAAGAACAGAGAUUUCAUGCAGUCUCUGGGCAACGGUCUUCCCCUGAUCAACCAUCUUCACCUCAUUAUCAACGAAAGAAGACUGAGAAGUGGUGAUGCACGAAACAGUGGCGAGGCCUGGCGUCUUACUCAUCAUUCUUAUCCUCAUGUUGGAAUUGGGCUUUUGCGCACUAGCUUUUCAAUCUUUGCUAGUAAAUUGAGGCCUGGUGUCUUACUCACAUCUUGAUGCCUAUAUUCAACGGAAGAUGUGAAGUCAUGAUUUAGCGGAAGCUGCCAUCCUCAACGACGUCAAAGGUGAAAUGUCAUGUAGAUUAUUGACAUAUUGUAACCUCAGUGAAUUUAGGUGUUCAACUUGUUAUAUUAGUUUUACCAUUGGAAAUCAUUUCCCAGGGAAUGUACAAGAAUUUUGUUUUACAGAUGACCCUGUAGUAGCUUUUGUUCACUCAGGAUUUCAACAGUGUAGUGGUAUAUGAUUACCAUGGUGAAUUUAAUAGACAAAAGAUUAGAAUUCAUUUCAAUCAUAAUUUCUCUUUUGUGAUAA